CCGCCACCUCCGGCCUCCAGCCCGCACCCCCCGGCCCCACCACCGUCCCGAUCCGCAUUCCCUUCCCAGGAGGGCCCCUCCGGGCUGUCCCGUCGCGCCUCCAGCUGUGAAUUCAAGUCACCGUGGAGUUCCGCCACCACCGCCCCGAAACUUUCACGGCGAGCGGGAAAUAUGGGAUGUAUAAAAUCAAAAAGGAAAGACAAUCUGAAUGACGAUGGAGUAGAUUUGAAGACUCAACCAGUACGUAAUACUGACCGAACUAUUUAUGUGAGAGAUCCAACGUCCAAUAAACAGCAAAGGCCAGUUUCAGACUCUCAGCUUUUACCAGGACAGAGGUUUCAAACAAAAGAUCCAGAGGAGCAAGGUGAUAUUGUGGUGGCCUUGUACCCUUAUGAUGGUAUCCACCCAGAUGACUUGUCAUUCAAGAAAGGGGAGAAGAUGAAAGUCCUGGAGGAGCAUGGAGAAUGGUGGAAAGCUAAGUCCCUAUCAACAAAGAGAGAAGGCUUCAUCCCCAGCAACUACGUGGCCAAAGUUAACACCUUAGAAACGGAAGAGUGGUUUUUCAAGGAUAUAACCAGGAAGGAUGCAGAACGACAACUUCUAGCACCAGGAAACAGUGCGGGAGCUUUUCUUAUCAGAGAAAGUGAAACAUUAAAAGGAAGUUUCUCUCUGUCUGUCAGAGACUACGACCCUGUCCAUGGUGAUGUUAUUAAGCACUACAAAAUCAGAAGUCUGGACAAUGGGGGUUACUACAUCUCCCCACGAAUCACAUUUCCCUGUAUCAGUGACAUGAUUAAACAUUACCAAAAGCAGCCAGACGGCUUGUGCAGAAGACUGGAGAAAGCAUGUAUUAGUCCCAAACCCCAGAAGCCAUGGGAUAAAGAUGCCUGGGAGAUCCCCCGGGAGUCCAUAAAACUGGUGAAAAAGCUCGGCGCAGGACAGUUCGGUGAAGUCUGGAUGGGUUACUAUAACAACAGCACUAAAGUGGCUGUGAAGACCCUGAAGCCAGGUACUAUGUCUGUGCAAGCCUUCCUGGAGGAAGCAAACCUCAUGAAGAGCCUGCAACACGACAAGCUCGUGAGACUUUACGCUGUAGUCACCAGGGAGGAACCCAUCUACAUCAUUACUGAGUACAUGGCCAAGGGCAGUUUGCUGGACUUCCUCAAGAGUGAUGAAGGCGGCAAGGUACUGCUCCCGAAGCUCAUUGACUUUUCAGCUCAGAUUGCAGAGGGCAUGGCGUACAUCGAGAGGAAGAACUACAUCCACCGUGACCUACGGGCAGCGAACGUCCUGGUGUCUGAGUCACUGAUGUGCAAGAUUGCAGAUUUUGGCCUGGCUCGAGUCAUAGAGGACAACGAGUACACGGCAAGGGAAGGUGCUAAGUUCCCCAUUAAGUGGACGGCUCCUGAAGCCAUCAACUUUGGAUGCUUCACUAUCAAGUCUGAUGUUUGGUCCUUUGGGAUUCUCCUGUAUGAAAUUGUCACCUAUGGGAAGAUCCCUUACCCAGGGAGAACCAAUGCAGAUGUGAUGACCGCACUGUCUCAGGGCUACCGGAUGCCUCGCAUGGAGAACUGCCCAGAUGAACUCUACGAAAUCAUGAAAAUGUGCUGGAAAGAAAAGGCCGAAGAGAGACCAACAUUUGAUUACCUACAGAGCGUCCUAGAUGAUUUCUAUACUGCCACCGAAGGGCAGUAUCAGCAGCAGCCCUAGCUGUAGGGAGAAAUGUCUCAGGAUGAGAUGAAAUAGCCAUUCCCAAUGGCUGGGGUCAUCUGCACAUCUGGCUGGGACCAUCUGCACAUAGGAGCUGAGUUUCUCAGGAAGACCAUCCUGACGUGGGAAAGCAUUCUGUCCCUUUGGACUGAUGCCCACUGAAAUGCAGUUGCACUGUAUCUCAGCUGGGCAUCGCGUCCUGCCUGAUCACCAUCAGCCUUCUGAGGACAGAACAACUCUUCUCUCCAAAAAGGAACCCACGCUGGACAUGUGAACAUAAUUAAGACAUGUGACUCAAAAGUUCAGAGACCAGUGCAACAGAUCCCCAGUACUAGCAGAUCAAAACUCAUCUAUUAAGCAAAAAAUAACCUCAUGCAUAGCAUGACCCUUCUUUGCACUUCUUUGUGUUUUUCUCUAUGCUUUGGCUUUUUUUUUUUAACUUACUAAUCCAACCUGUUAGAUUUUACAGGUAAAGUCAGCAGCUUAAAGAUGUCUCCCUCAGAUUUCAAUAUUUUUGUUCUUUGGAUUCCAUUCCCUCUGUCUUGGAAUUUGACAGUUACUGUCGUAGGAGUUGAUAAAUCUGUUGGGCAGGCUUCAGCAAGGACAAUCUCUACAGGACAAUCAUUUAUGCGCAUUCACCAAGGCCAGGCCCCAUUGUUCAGAGCUGCUAGCCAGGCUUCCCAGAAGGGAAAGAGCUCAGAAACUGCUCGGCCUGGUGAAGGAAUAUUUUUAACCAUCAAGCCUUUGAAUUCCAGGAUUUACUAAAGACUUUGGACAGUGUCCUUUAGAAGAACAAUAUGAUCUUAAUUUCUGCUGAACUUUGCAAAGUAGAAACGUUUCUUUCAUGGCUUCAAAUAAUUUGAACAUUAUUUUAAGGAUCAAAUAUUAAUUUUAGUUGUACUCUAGAAAGUAAAAAAAAUAAUAAUAAUUCUAGAUUUGAGGCCCUUUUGUGAUUUAUCGAUCAUUUCUAGGUUGUUUAUGUGUAUGAGACUAUUUAUACCCAAGAAUAUGAAAAAAAGGUGACUCCAGAGGCCCCAGGAGCUAACACAGCAAGAGAUGGAGAGGUCUUGUUUACUCGUUUUUUCUACUGGAAGCUCUGAAUGACUGCAGUGACAUUUCAUUUCACUUAGUCUAAUAUGUACAGACCUAAUAAUUCUAUUUUUGAUUUUGUUUUAAUAUACCUGGUCCAAUAACAUCUCAAA